AUGUUCUCGUCGCGGUCGGUGCCGCUGUCACCGAUCACCGUGGAUCGUCCACGGUUUGCUGGCUUCCGCCGACACCGGUGUGCCCUGGAGCCUCCUCGCUGGCCGCGCUGCAAAAGAGAAACCGAAUCGAUGGGAUACGACGUCGCGACGGCCCACGCGACGCGAGUGACUGCGACGCGGCGCGCGUAUCGGGCACGGUCUAGAGAGAGACGGGUAGAACGGAGCACAGUGACGUGUGCAUUCGACGCUCGGUGAACAACGUCGAUCGGCCGUCGCCGCGAGUGUACGCGUCCCGUUAUCGCGAGUGGAUUCGCGCCUGCCUCCUCGUGCACAGGGCUACGAGAUGCCGCGUGUGCGUGCCACGGCGGCUUCCUGCCCGUUCCCGCGUGUCGUCGUUCGCCGCGGGCCCGCAAAGUACCGCGAUCCUCCGCGGCCCGGUGCAACAGCGGUAUUGGACGCGAGGAAUGGACGAACGGAUCGCAGACGAUAGACGACGAAACACUCGUAGACGAACGGGGAGGGCUCAUUGUUCCGUGGAUAGUUUGUGACCGCUGGGAACUUCAAAAAUGGAGGGCAGCGGCACGGGAAUUAGCAGGCUGGACUGCUAUGAAGACAUGUUCAAGGAAAUAACCAGGAAACUGUAUGGGGAAGAUCCUGAUCAUCGAACAUCGAGCGUGCAGAACGAGUUCGAAACGUCCGUGUCGUACAAGAACGACGACGAUACCGGAAACGGAACCGACGGAAGCGACGAUGGAAACUGGACGUGCGAAGAGGAGCCGCUUAAAGGAACCGAUGGAAGCAGAAUCGCGGCUUAUCAUUCGGGGAAAACUACAUGGAGAUGUUAUGAAUGCGGCGACGUAAUGGGCGGCGGGCCACGCGACGUGGCCGAGCAUUUUAUGGAACUUCAUUCAUCGAGGAUUCUCGCCGACGACAGCAGAAACAGACACUACUCGCCGCACAAGGACUACCUGCAGUCCGAGCUGAAAAUCGACGACGUGAUUUCGUAUCUGGAGAGGUUACGGGAGCGCGCCGAGCGAGUCGCCCCGCCAUCCAGGCGAACGCAGGAAACACAAACUGUUCCUGCCGCUUUAUUACCGGUUACGUCGACCUUCCUCCUGCAGGAGUUGCCGUCCUCCCCUGCCCCGCAACAUUUGCAUCAGAGCACAGCGACAAUGCCGACGUCAGCCGCGGUGUCCGUGAACGUGAAACGGUAUACCUGUCCAUACUGCCCUUAUGGCACCGAUCGUCGCGAUCUCUACACCCGCCACGAGAACAUCCACCGAGAGGAAAAGCCAUUCCAUUGUUACAUCUGCUACAAACCGUUCAAUCGCGCCGACCAUGUGAAGAAACAUUUCCUGAGGAUGCAUCGUGAGCACAAUUACGAGCUGUCCAGGAUACGCAGACUCGCUGGAUCCAGCACGCCCAAGCUUCUGAAGCAGGAACCGGGCACCGGGGCAACCGGAAACGCGAACUCGAACGGGCAACAGCAGCAGCAGCAGCAACAACAACAGCAACAGCAGCAACAACAGCACACGAGCUACACUUCCGGAUUUAACGAUAGCAAGAGUUUCCAGUUGCAGCCGAAUCCCGGAAACGGGACCACGGCCACCGCGGCUGGAAUCUAUCAAGCCACGUCCAUGCCCGUUCCUAGCAUCAUGCAACCGGAAGCUACCAACUGUGCUACGGGAAGGAGGGUGCAGAACGGGGGGUGCAACAGCAAGAGUCAUCUGAAGGGUAGUUCCAAGGGAGCUCAAGAGCGAAGGUAUACUUGUUGCUACUGUUCCUGGAGCGGCGUGGACAACUGGUGCCUGAAACGACACCUCAACACUCAUUUGAAGCCCUUCGCGUGCACCCUCUGCGAGUACAAAGCUGCACGCGCUGAACGUCUAGCAACACACGUGCUGAAAGUGCACAACAGGCGGCAAUGCUCGAGGUGCUCCUUCCUCGGCGAAGAUGCGGCACAGCUGCAGAUGCAUCAGCUGCAUGUGCAUCGUGUGAGCAGCGCGAACGCACCUGCAGCCUCCACGGCACAGGUUGCGCCGCCACCCAAUAAUCGCCAUCAGCAACCCUUGCACCCCGCGGGAGGAGGCAGGCCGCCACCUGGUCCGCCAGUUUUUCCAGCACCAGCCCCAGCGAUCGCACCUGCUACCACCGUGAUACCACCGACAACGAUACUCGGCCACGAGAUGGUAAACUCCCCUGCAACUGCAGCGACAAUGGCGUACCCGACAUUGGAAGAGGAGAGGCGGUCGAGCGGUGUACGUCGCGACGACGUCAACGACCAAGACCCCGACCACGACACCGUCAUCGACGACCCCGAGUGUGCUAGUCGCGGCUUGGGUCGCGACCACGACCUCCCGUCGCGGCCAGUUCACGGGCAGUUCGACGUCGGCCACGAGCAGCCCGACGAACGCGGUUGCAGCGCCGGAUCACUGCCAGACACUGCUACUAUACUUAAUCGUGAUUUUGCGUGCAGCUUCCGAGCCAUGCUCCAGGAAUACCGGUCCACCGUGGAGUCGGAGUGUCCCUGGGCAGCGAACAGCCAGAGCAAACCCAAUGAGAGGCGAUCGAGGAAGCAGAGCCAACCGAGGAAGGUGACGUGUACCCAAGAGUUCGAGGACGACGACCUGACCGGUUUAGAGCUCGACCCGCAGGACGAGAGGCAGGAUGACGCGACCAAACACGAGAAGGCGGCUGUCAGGAUCAACGAGCUCAGGAAUAGGUGUCGAUACCGAUCGACAGGUCAAAGGUUGCUCAGGUGUCGUCUGUGCCCCGUAGACUCCCCGGCCAGGGGUUCGAUCUGUCGACCCUAUCACACCAAGGCCUCCCUCGCGCUUCACAAGCUCUGGAGACACGGUACUCGUAAGAGGUUCCUGAAGACCUGCGCGUCCAAGGAUCGUCCUCUGUCGCAGGUCUCCUCCAUCACGCUCAAGGCUACCGUGUUCACCAGCCCAAGUUAUGGUUAUCACAGAUAACACCUGGUGAACGCCGCUACGCGCAAAUUGUUCUACCGAUUUCUGGGGGCGUAGCCAUUUUGGGCCAUCGGGCAAGGUGGACGUCGAAACUAGGGCUGGGAGUUCUCGAAGUUGAAUAUAGGUACUCGAAUGUCUCGGUAUAUUAUUGUUCGAAUAUUCGAGUAGUCUGAUAUCGUUAUUCGAGCGACUGAGUAUUCAAAUAUAUUAAUAUUCAAAUACCUGAGUAUUAUAAUAUUUGAAUAUUUCGGUAUAAGAAUAUCUGAGUAUUCGAGUACCGUAGUUCAGGUUGUUCAGAAUUCGAAUAUUUGGGUAGACAAAUAUCACUAUUCGGGUAUCCGAGUAUUUCAAUAUUAUUAUAAAUAAUUUACCAUUAGAGUAGAGUAUUCGAAUACCAUUGUUCAAGUAUUUGAAUGUUCGAAUGCUAUUAGUGGAAUAAUGAAUAUUGGACAUCAUUAUUCAAUUAAUGAAAUAGUCGAAUAUCAUUAUUUCGACUUCUGAGUAUUCGAAGUAUUCAAAUAUUUUGGCAUUCGAAUACUACUAUUCGAAUAGCAACACAUAUGAUAGAAACGGAUAUCACAAAUAUUAAUGAUAUUCCAGCAAUUCGAUACAAAGAUACUUAAUAAGAGAUAUCGAAAGCUGUCAAAAUCUAAAGCAUUUAGUAUCAUCUUUGAUACUUUUGAACUGAUUUCUGAUCGAUAUCAGUACAAAAAUACAAUCUAUUCAUUUUGAAAUGAACAGUGGAAGAUUGUUGCAAUCAAGAAAAAAAGUUUUUACUUUUGGUUAAUUUGAUUUUAUUUUUUAUUUUUGAUACAUUCACUAUUAUAUUAAACUACAUUAAUAUUUUCAUACAUACUAAAACAAUUUAAUAUGAAACGAUACUUUAUUACCACCAUAACAACAUACCACAUCACACGAGUGAGAUACUACGAACAAAAUAAUUAGAAUAAUAUUCGAAUAGUCAAAUAUUCGAAUGAAGAAAAAUUCGACUAGUCGAGCCCUAGUCGAUACGUGUUACUCAUCUUCGAUCGGUGAUAAUUUUAGUUCUUCCAAAGGGGAUGACAAAGUUCUCGAGGAAGAAUUUUGUCGAAGUUUGUGAUGUUGUGUAAAUUGUGGGUGAAUUCUUAGUUAAUUGAUUCUUGAGGGUUGGGACUACUCGUUGCAUUCUUUUGUGUUCGAAUACUUGAGUACUCGAAUAUUUUGUCCAUUGGAUGCAUUUCUGAUACUUGAAUACUUCAAAUAGAAAUCCAAUACCUACGAAAUAUUCGAAUACUAAAUUACUCGAAUUCCAGUCCGAUUCUUGAGGCGUCCUUCGACGUCCACCGCUUAAAAAUUUCUGGAUUCAGGGUAUUUGGUACGUUCCAUUGCAUCGGAGUCCCUUUCAUGCUUUCGAGGAACUAAUUCAACGAGACGAGGCUCGGUUUUUUUGGGGGAAAAACUUUAGUGUUUCUAGGACUCUGGACCACGUUUCCGCUAGUGAAUCUCUGACAAGUGAUCUUUAACCGAUUUCUAAUCGCGGUGAAACGCCGACGUUGCUCACAGAGCGUCGAUUCGGUCGAAUCCGAAUCCGAAUCCGACGUUGAGAAAGCCGAGUGAUAGGAGAGACAUUUCGCCGGAACCAACGAAACCGAUAGAUAGAAAAGUAUUUCGCAGAGAAUGACGGUCGUGGUCGAUAACAGAAACGAAUUACGUCACCGAAGGGAGAAUGCUAGCUUUAAGUAACUAAGAGUAAAAAAUAAAGCAGCGAAACCAUUAGAAUAAGAAACGACUAAUCGAAAGUACCUUGAUACGCGUCUCCUCGCGGGCUCUCAAUCACGUUUGUUCGAACCUAGGUCCCGUCACGAUAACGACUAAAUUGUAAGUAGAGGCGGGAAACACAAAGCUAAACGCACCGUGACGAUAUUUUCAUGUAAA